GAAAGCAUUGUUGAUUUCCUGCUACGAAUGAGUGCCAGUGGAUCCCCUACCCGUAUCAGGUACAUACCUUCCCUCGCCUUCUGCAUCGCUCGCCGACGAGUAUCGAAUCGGCCCGCUGAGCCGCCGAACAAAAACUGGCCUCAAGCCUUCCGUCGCCGUCAUCCAGACGUCAGGUCGAGGAACAACAAAGCAAUGGCUUGGGAGCGCCACGAUGAUAAUAUUUAUGACAAGGUUGUACACUGGUUCGAAAUUAUCGAACAGGAGCUCCGUAGACUAGGUAUCUUGCCGGAGAAUGUCUACAUAGAUAAGACAGGAGUGCUCGUAGAUAAGGACGAUAAACGAACGGGUAGAAGCGCGCGCGUAGAGCGAACGACAGUCACUGCUAUCGAGUGCAUUAGCGCUGACGGUAUGUAG